UUAGAAAUACUGAAUGGCCUGAAGUCUUGCCAAGUCCAUCAAAAGUUGUUACGUCUGAAUAUAAAAUAACGGACAACAGGUGGUUUAAAGGUGAAAGAGUCUUCUUUGUUUCUAACUACCAGUCACCUUC